GUGAAAUCAGGGUGGCUUUUGUGCUGUAUAACAACCUGGGCACCUAUCUCUCCACGGAGAACGCCAGCAUGAAGUUGGGAACAGAAGCAAUGUCGACUAAUCACUCCGUCAUUGUCAACUCCCCUGUCAUCACGGCAGCAAUAAACAAAGAGUUCAGCAAUAAGGUUUACCUGGCCGAUCCCGUGGUGUUUACUGUCAAGCACAUCAAGCAGUCAGAAGAAAAUUUCAAUCCAAACUGUUCGUUCUGGAGCUAUACAAAGCGUACAAUGACAGGGUAUUGGUCCACCCAGGGAUGUCGCCUCCUGACAACUAACAAGACACACACCACAUGCUCCUGCAAUCACCUAACCAACUUUGCAGUCCUGAUGGCACACGUGGAAGUUAAGCACAGCGAUGCAGUCCAUGACCUGCUCCUGGAUUUUAUCACGUGGGUUGGCAUCCUGCUCUCACUGGUCUGCCUCCUGAUCUGCAUCUUCACCUUCUGCUUCUUCCGUGGGCUGCAGAGCGACCGUAACACGAUUCACAAGAACUUGUGCAUCAGCCUCUUCGUGGCAGAACUCCUCUUCCUCAUUGGCAUCAACCGGACUGACCAGCCGAUUGCCUGUGCUGUCUUCGCUGCCCUCCUGCACUUCUUCUUCCUGGCGGCUUUCACCUGGAUGUUCCUGGAGGGAGUGCAGCUCUACAUCAUGCUGGUGGAGGUUUUCGAGAGCGAACACUCCCGGAGGAAGUACUUCUACCUGGUUGGCUAUGGCAUGCCUGCGCUGAUUGUGGCUGUAUCGGCGGCGGUCGACUACCGGAGCUACGGCACAGAUAAAGU